UAAACUCUCACUCUCUUUCUCUCUCUAAAGACAUCUUCACAAAUUUCUCUCUCUACUAUCUCCUCACCCUUCUCCAGCAACCUGAUUCCUCCAAGGCGAAAAUUCAUAAUUUUGUGCUGGUCUCUUAUUUUAGCCAAGAUCAAAUGGAGGCACCGGAGUUUUUCCAAGGGGGCUUCUGCAUAGCUCCGGCAUCGCAAUUCGGGACGGAGAAGCGCAUUUCUGAUACCAAGCCCGGCGGUGGUGACCACUUUAUCAUUGAAGACCUCCUCGACUUCUCCAACGACGAUGCCGUCAUUACCGACGGCACCUUCGAUACGGUCACCGGAACCUCAACAGAUUCUUCCACCUUCACCAUCGUCGACAGCUGCAACUCCGUCUCUGGCUGUGAGCCGCAGUUCGCCGGAGAUAUUGGGUCUCGGAAUUACACUGAUGCUCAUUUCUCUAGCGACCUAUGCGUGCCGUAUGAUGAUUUGGCUGAGCUCGAAUGGCUCUCGAACAUCGUUGAGGAAUCAUUCUCGAGCGAGGACUUGGAAAAGCUUCAGCUAAUUUCGGGAAUGAAAGCGAACACUGAGGAAGCAUCCGAAACCCGCGACUUCCAACCCGAAAACAACCAAAACCCACCGCUAUCGCUGCGAGAUUUUCCGGCCAAGGCUCGAAGCAAGCGCGCACGAGCCAUGCCAUGCAAGUGGACGUCGCGCCUUCUCGCGCUUUCCCCUACAAGUUCCUUGUCAGAAACCGACAUCAUCCCCCCGAAUUCCGGCAAGAAAUCGACGAAAUCGGCUCCCAAAAAGAAGGAAAGCCCCGAAGUUGUGGCCGGAGGCUGCAGCGAUGGGCGGAAAUGCUUGCACUGCGCCACAGACAAGACUCCGCAGUGGCGAACCGGACCCAUGGGACCCAAAACUCUAUGCAAUGCUUGCGGGGUCAGGUACAAGUCGGGGCGACUCGUACCUGAAUAUCGACCCGCAGCGAGCCCGACAUUUGUGUUGACAAAGCACUCGAACUCGCACCGAAAAGUGUUGGAGCUCCGAAGGCAGAAGGAGAUGGUAAGGUCCCAGCACCAGCAUCAGCAGCAGCAGUUCCUGCAUCAUCAGAACAUGGUUUUCGACGUACCCAACGGUGACGAUUACUUGAUCCACCAGCACCUGGGCCCCGAUUUCAGGCACCUGAUAUAGAGUGGUGGUGGGGGCCUGAGGGUUAGUGAAGAAAUCAUGAUUAGGCAAUUUUUAAGUAAUUUUUUUUUGCUAAUCUUCUAGGGUUUAUUUAAUUUUGCCUAACCUUUGAAUUUGUUAGACUCUUUAAUGUUGUCUCUUACAGUUCCUUCUUUGCCUAAUAUGGCAAGUUCCGAAACCAAUUUUUCAUAA